CCUGCUGCUGGUCGUCACUGAGCAGACAUGGCUGCUCUCAGUAAGAUACCCCACAGUUGCUACGAGAUCGGUCAUACCUGGAGCCCGUCGUGUGUGCAGUCCGCCGUGGAUGUAACUAGGGGUGCUCUGGAGGUCUCCUUCAAAAUAUACGCCCCUCUUUAUCUGAUAGCAGCAAUCCUCAGGAGAAGGAAGAAGGAUUACUAUAUAAAACGACUUCUCCCUGAGAUCCUACAGUCUACCUCUUUUCUCACUGCCAAUGGAGGUCUCUACAUUGUUUUCUUCUGCAUUCUCAGGAAACUGUUGGGAGGGUUUUACUCCUGGUCCGCUGGGUUUGGCUCGGCACUGCCCGCCUCCUACAUUGCUAUCCUUGUGGAGCGCAAGAGCAGGAGAGGACUGCUGACAAUAUACAUGACAAAUCUUGCCACUGAGACCUUAUUCCGUAUGGCAGUGACAAGAGGGCUCAUCAAACCCAUUAAACACGGCGAGGUGCUCCUGUUCUGCAUUACUGCGUCUCUCUACAUGUUCUUCUUCAGGAAUAAAGAUGGUCUGAAAGGCUUUGCAUUCUCUGCAUUAAAGUUCAUCAUUGGAAAGGAAGAGCUUCCAUCUCACUCUGUCGUGGCAGAGCACACUCACACAAGGCCCCAUGAGAUGACAGCUGCUGUAGAAACUGAUGAUGCACAGGCGCCUGCAGAAAGGCCAAAGCCCAGGAGGAAAACUCUGAUAGCCUACACCAGGGAACUGCUAGAAUCAAUAUGCAAACAUGGUCCAAGACACAGAUGUUGUAAACAUUAUCAGGACAACUGCAUUUCCUACUGUGUAAAAGGUUUUGUCAGGAUGUUCAGUGUUGGGUACUUGAUUCAGUGUUGUCUUAAAGUGCCCUCAGCAUUCAGGCAGAUGUUCUCUAAACCCUCGCGGCUCCCCUCUGUCUUCUACAACAAAGAGAACUUCCAGCUAGGGGCCUUUCUAGGUUCUUUUGUCAGUAUCUACAAGGGAACAAGCUGCUUGCUGCGCUGGAUGCGUGAUAUUGACGAUGAGCUCCAUGCACUGGUAGCUGGCUUUCUGGCUGGAACCUCAAUGUUCUUCUACAAAAGCACGUCGAUAUCCAUGUAUCUCUUCUCAAAGCUGGUGGAGACUAUGUACUUCAAGGGCAUUGAGGCCGGCCGGUUCCCUUAUUUUCCUCAUGCAGAUACAGUCAUAUACGCCAUCUCCACUGCUAUCUGUUUUCAAGCUGCUGUGAUGGAAGUGCAGAACCUCAGGCCUUCAUACUGGAAGUUUCUGCUGCGUUUAACUAAGGGCAGGUUUGCCGUGAUGAACCGACAGGUGCUGGAUAUGUUUGGGACUCAGGCCUCCAGGGACUUUAAAGGCUUUGUUCCCAAACUGGACCCACGUUACGUCACAGUGCCCAGCCAAACAGUGCUUCCACCAGGAGCCGACAUCCAACUGGGAUGACGUGGCACCAGGCUUUGCAAGGGGCUUUAGGGUUACCACAAUUUGAAAAGGACAGCUAGGCUGUUUUGUCUGACUGGCUUAUGGAUUUUUUUUUAAAGGUGUUAGCAGCUCAGAAGUGGUGGUGUUGUAUUAUGAAAUGGGAUAAUCUUUGGAGGAUGUAAAGGCCCAAGAUCUGAACAAAGCAGGGUGUCCUGAGUGUCAAGUGUUGCAUAAACCCACUUACUGCCAGGGAUUGAACACAUACAGGUAAUUGGUAAAAUAAAUUAAACACAUAAAUUCAUAAAAAAUGACAGUUGUUUUGUUAGUGGUACUGCCCUAUUAAAACUCAGUAGUAGAAGGCAAAUACUAAUAAGAACACCAUCUGAAUGAGGAACAUAAAUCAACUGAUUCUUUUAUUUUUUUGGACAACAAAUUUUACAGGAUGACAUUAACGUGUUCUGUAAUUUAUAGAUGGUAGAGGUAAGGGACAUACUGAAUUAGUUCACAAAUCACCAAAAAAACUCUAAAGUUUUUUUUUUUUUGGGAUCAAAAAAUAAUUCAGAAUGCAACAUUCCUUAAAUGAUUGUGUUUCUUCAUUUUACAUGUUUCCUGUUAUUUGUGUGCUUGCUUUCGUGUCAGAUGGUGAAACUCGCUUAUGUUUUUGUAACAGGCACAAUGACACCUGUAUUUGAUUUAAGAGGAGCAAGAAUUCAAGAUUAUUACUCCUAGAUCAUUUCUGAAUGUGUACUUUUCAAGAUCGGUGCAAUUGAUGAGAACUAGAAUGAUGUAAUCUUAUCAAUAUUUUAGUCUGUAGUAGACAAUGAGAGGUAUAUUCAGAUUCAUGAUGUAAAAAGAACAAGUGGUAAGUAAACAGAUGAUUUCACAAAUUCAGUGAUAUUUGAAUGCAAGUCUUUUCUCUGUACUCACAUUGGAAGUUUUUAGGUGGCACUUGAUUAUAAUGAUUGCAAUGGAGUGAGCCACCCUAAUGGAUACUUCAAGGGGUAAAAGAACACGUGCACAAUUUAACCUUUUACAAAACAGUAAAGGGCAGUAACUACAGCAAAGAAAUAUAUAGAAAAUCUGAUUCAUAUGUACUGGUUUUAAUAGUGGAAACCACAGUGAGACUCCUGUUUAUAUGCACACAAAACUGAUUAUUGGGAGAAAUCAUGAGAAUGCAUUGCUUUAACAUGAUUACUAUAAAACUUGUAUUUACAGCUUCCAGAUUGGGAAUCACAUUUCUCACUCACUGUAAUUUUAUUAAGAAGUUGGCAUAUUUUAACAGUAUGAAAAAGUUCAUAUUAUAUAAGAAACAUAAUUAUAUGUUAUGCUACAGUUUAAAGAGAUGAUUUGGUCAGGGCUUGAUGAGAAAGUCAAUGGGAGACUGGAGUAAAACUGUUUCAUGUACUGUGUGCAUUUGUCAAAUCCGGUGUUAACUGUGCAGACUAAUUUUGACUAAUUUACUCUUAAGUUAAAGAGUUCAGCUGACUUUGUAUUGAAUUAUUUUGAUCACAAAAUAUUUUCCAGGUCUAGAACUGAACUGUUGUCAUAUUCAUACACUUUCUGACUUCAAGUUUCACAUAUGGUUUCAGUCCAAUGCUUUUCCACUUCUGGAUUACAGAGAAAACAUUACUGUUAACAUUUUGUGGUUUGAGCUCAUACAAUAUAAAAUGCUAUUGGUUGUCAAUCAAAGAUGUAUUAUAUAUAAUUUAAAAUCCACAUUUAUUGAAAUGCUGUUUACACAGAUAUUUGGUGCCACACACAAGAAGUGUUUCUGUGAAUAAAAAGCACACAUCUCA